AUGGGCAAUCAUUUGGACAAUGUUCGUCUGAAUGAGGCUGCCCACUCUUCUAAUGACCUGAGCAGUAACAAGCUGAUGCUGAUUUCACGCAAGUUCUUCAGAGGAGCCGGGUUGCUCAGAAAUCUGAACCUGGACAGUAACCAGAUUACAUGUAUCAUUGACGGAGCCUUCAGACCGCUUCGAAUGCUGGAAACACUGACUUUGAAUAACAACAAUCUGACAACGCUGAGCAGUAGUAGCUUCACACACAUGACCUAUCUCAAGACGCUCCGACUUUCCGGAAACAACUUGUACUGCGACUGCUACCUGAGCUGGUUUGCCAGCUGGCUUGGGCUUCAUCCACGCCUAGCCUUAUCCACUCGAUGUGCUCAUCCGCAACAAUUCAGAGGAUUCAAGAUACCCGAGUUACAAGUCGCUGAUUUCAGAUGCACAGGUGAUGAAAACCACGAGGUAAUGUGCAGGGUCAAGCCUCUCUGUCCGGGAGGUUGUACGUGUAACUCUGAGAAUGUCGUAGACUGCAGAGGAAUCGGACUGACGGAACUGCCUUCUACUUUUCCAGACGGCUCUGUGGAACUGAGGUUGGAACAGAACCAGAUCACCAAAAUCCCAUCCAGGGCUUUCACUCAGUACAAGAAACUGAAAAGAAUAGAUUUGAGCAACAAUCAGAUACAAACGAUAGCAGACGAUGCUUUCGCUGGACUCCGGUCACUUUCAUCUCUUGUGUUGUACGGCAAUCAGAUCUCUGAUCUAUCGGAGGACAUCUUCAGAGGUCUUACAUCACUCCAAUUGCUUCUACUCAAUGCGAAUCACAUCUCUUGCAUCCGGGUCGGUAUCUUCCAGGAUCUCAUCUCACUCCAUCUGCUGUCACUGUACGACAACCAGAUAAUGUCACUGGCCAAUGAAACGUUGGCUCCACUACGGAACUUGCAAACGAUGCAUCUUGCAAGGAAUCCUCUGAUCUGUGACUGCAAUCUCAAGUGGCUAGUAGAGUACCUUGAGGAGAAUCCAGUGGAGAAGAGCGGAGCAAGAUGCGAGACACCGAGAAGGAUGAAUGGAAAGAGACUCAACCAAAUGAAGAGCAUCAAAUUCAAAUGCAAAGAUUCAGAAUACCAGCGCACUGCACAAGCUGGCCAGUGCUUCAUCGAUGCAGAUUGUCCAGAAUCCUGCAGCUGCAGUGGAAGCAUUGUAGACUGCUCUGACGCGGGAUUCCACUCUGUACCUGAUAACAUCCCAACCUACACAACUGAACUGCGGCUGAACGAAAAUGACAUUUCCAGGAUUUCUGCCGAUGGGAAAUUCGUUAACUUGAUCAACCUCAACAAAUUGGAUCUUCGUAACAACCGAAUCUCAAUUAUCGAGGAGGGCGCUUUCCAGGGUGCUUCCAACAUGUAUGAAUUGCUGCUUACUAACAACAAGCUCAGCAAAGUCCAUGGACGAAUUUUCUCCGGACUUAAAAAUCUGAGACAAUUGAACCUUCGAACCAAUCGACUUACUUGUAUCGGGAACGAGACUUUCAUUGGACUGAAAUCCCUGCGACUUCUUGCUCUGUAUGACAAUGGCAUCAGCACAAUAACAUCAGGAGCAUUUGAUUCUCUGAAAGAACUAUCCACAGUGAAUCUAAUGGGCAACCCUUUGAAUUGUAACUGUCACAUGUCAUGGUUACCGGAGUGGCUGAACUCUCGGAGUGUCUUUACCGGCGACCCCAUCUGCCAAUCACCAGAGAACCUAAGAGAUGUGCCUCUUGCUGGCUUGCAAAAGGCUGACUUCACUUGUGAUGAGAACAACCUGAACAGUUGCCUGCCUUCCAUUGCCUGCCCGAGGGAGUGUGCUUGCAGUGGCACAGUAGUAAGAUGCAGCAGAAAAGAACUUACAUCCCCACCAAGAAACAUACCCCUGACUGCUACAGAGAUAUACUUGGAUUCUAACCAGCUGAUAACUAUCCCUGAAGGAAUGACAGGUCAAAAGAGUCUCCACACACUGGAUCUGAGCACCAAUUUGAUUACGAUGCUUCCAGACAAUGCAUUUGCCAACAUGACCAAGCUCUCAACUCUUAUCCUGAGUUAUAAUCGCAUUGCCUGUAUACCACCAGGGACCUUCAGUGGAUUGAGCUCAUUAAGAAUCCUGUCACUCCAGGGCAAUGACCUCUCGACGAUCCCCGAUGGUGUUUUCAACGACCUCCAUUCUCUUAGUCACAUUGCCCUUGGUAAUAACCCUCUUUACUGUGACUGUAAGCUGAGGUGGUUAUCGGACUGGGUGAAAGCAGAUGGGUUUAAGGAGCCAGGAAUCGCAAAGUGUGCUGAUCCGUACGACCUGAGAGGGAAACUCAUCCUUACUGCUCCGUCAAGAUCUUUCCUCUGCAGUGAAGAGCCAGAUGUAGCUAUCCAGGCUAAAUGCGACCCGUGCCUCUCCAGUCCUUGUGAGAAUAACGCUGUGUGUACCAUCAGCCUGACGGAGCGCUACCUUUGCCAAUGCCAGGAAGGGUUCAAGGGUCGCAACUGCGAGGUGGAACUCAACGCUUGCGAGGAAGAAGCGUGCUUGAACGGAGGAUCAUGCCACAACCUUAAUAAUGGAGGGUUCCGAUGUGAGUGUGCAGCUGGCUUUGAGGGUGAUCUAUGUGCAGUUAAUAUUGAUGACUGUAAACAGCAUCGGUGUCUGAACGAUGGGAUAUGUGAGGACGGUAUCAAUGCAUACACCUGCUUCUGUAGUCUCGGCUACUCAGGCUCAUUCUGUGAAGUGGACAAGGAUCUGUGUGCCCCAAAUACCAACCCAUGUCAAAAUGGUGGUGUCUGCUACGAUCUUGGACGCAGCUACCGGUGUGAAUGCCUGACGGGUUUCCAAGGAAUCAACUGUUCUGAAUCCUACCAGGAUUGCCGCUCCCACCCUUGCGAAAAUGGUGGCGAGUGCAGGCAAGAGCUGAGUCAGUUCAUCUGCAGCUGCACGCCCGGUUACGUCGGUCAGUUCUGCUCCGACCAACCCAUCGUGGUCUUUCCCCAGACGUCCCCCUGUCAGGGUCACGACUGUCAGAAUAAUGCCCUGUGCUUUGAGGACAGCGACGAGUUCGGAUGCCGCUGCCUGCCUGGCUACAUGGGUAACAAAUGCGAGAUCCCAACCAGUAUGACCUUCUCUCAACAGGACGCCUACAUCAGCAGGACGGCUCCGGAGUUCUCCAGCACCGUCAAUAUAACGGUCAUCUUCGCUACCACGGAGGAGAAUGGCAUAUUAUUGUAUUACGGAAAAACCGGGGAGGCAGACCACCUCGCCAUCGAGCUCUUCCGGGGUCACAUCAGGGUCAGCUUCGACGCCGGGAACUUCCCCGCCGCGACGAUGUUCGGCGAUCAGGACCUCAACAACGGGGAAUUCCAGAGAGUUCAGGUCAUUGUGUUGCAGAGGAACAUUUCUUUGAAGAUCAACGACAACGAGGUGCAGAACGCCACCAACGAGGGCGAGAGCCCGUUCCUGGGCUUGGAUAACCUCAUGUACAUCGGUGGCGCGCCGAGUAAAGAGAAAGAGGGUGCAGUUCGGCAGUGGCAUCUCAGAAAUGGAUCAAGUUUCCAUGGAUGUAUGAGUGGCUUCUUUGUCAAUGGCCAGCCGAUAGCACCACAGGGUUCUGAACCAGGAGUUUCUGGGGGAUGCCCGAGUCUUGAAACACACGACCCCUGUGAGAAUAACAUGUGUGAACACGGAUUCUGCAAGAAGACAGACACUAGUUACACCUGUGACUGCCAGGAUGGUUGGAUGGGAAAUAUGUGUAACAGAAGAACAACAUGCAUGGGAGAGAGACGAACAAAGAAAGUCGAGGAGGGGAGCUGCAGCAGCCGAGAGUCCGUGUCCGACUUGGACUGCAGCGGGGAGUGCGGCAUCUCCUGCUGCACACCGCAGCGGGUCCGCACCAGGAUAAUGACGUUGCACUGCGACGACGGUACCACCAUCCGACACAAGGUUAAACUGGUUCGGAGUUGCGCCUGCCAAGCAUGCGUCAAGAGACUGGACAUUUUUAAAGGGCCAAUUUAAUAUUUUACCUUUGGGUUGAGAUGGAAGAACACUAUAAAUUUGUAUAAAGUUAUUAUUCUGAAAAAACAAAAAUACACAAAAAAACAACAACAAUCUGUAAUGCUUUUGCAAAAUGUGAGCUAUUUUUGUAGAUAUUAUUUUCUAUGCUGUAGUGAUCUUAUUAUAUGUGAAUUUGGAUCCUGGAUUCUCUGAAUGGCUUUAUAUUAUAAUAAUGUAUGUUAAAAACGGUCAGGCAGUUGAUUCUGGGGCUUUUUAUGGUGAAAAUAACACCUUUAUUUCAAACAUGGUGUUACUCUCAGAUCCUACUCAAUAGCCUAAUAAGGUUUUGAGUUGGUUUUGAUAAGACACUUUCCCCUUUUUUAAAACACAACUGUAAUGAAUAAUAUAUUAAGGAUUUUAAAUGUUGAAAUAACUUAAUCAAGAUAACAGUGCAAACUGGGUGAUUUUACAACUUUUUUUCACAGCACUCUAGAAAGUGUAUAAAGAGUAUAAAGUGCCGUACACACAUCAGUGUAUUGUUAAAACCAAAUAAUAUUGCAGAACUUAUUAGGCGAUAUGUUUUGUUUCAGCAGCUCUUUGAAAUUGGUCCUUCUGUCGUAAAGCCCAAACCUCACUCUACCUAUUCCCUUCAUUCACUUGGUAUUUGUUCUUUCUAUUCAAAAAAAAAAUAUGUUCAUGUUGUCUUAAAGUCUUCUUUGACUAGAGUCACUCACACUCACACAAAAGAGACAAAAUACUUCACAUCUGAUGUACUUCAUAAAGUUAUUUUAUAAGCAUCAUAAAUAAUACCUUUUUGUUUAAUCUUCAGUUAAAUCCGGACCAUGACAACCCUCGAGUUUUAAUGAAUGAAAUUGAAAAGAA